AUGCUGAUAAUUGAACCCCCCACCGCCGCCGGCCGAUUCCCCUCCCGCAGUUUCGAUCACAACCCGACUUGCAUCUCCCACUCUGCCACCUUCUUUGUUCCUCGGAAUCAAUAUAGAAGAUUGAUUGAUCAGUCUUGCGCCAAAAGCUCAAACAGGAAAAGAAGUGGAAUCUGGGCGUCGGCUGCAAAGGAGCUGCCCAGUUCCAGCUCUGGCCCAGUCAAACCCAAUGCCAAGCCCCAGAGGUAUCAUCCAUUUGAGGACAUUUCGGAUUCAGAGUUGAAUGAGGAUGGUGAGGCCAUUCUUAACCCAGCUGAAACCACGAGGACUGUAAUUGAGGUAAACAGUAAAGCCACCCUUAUGUUUUCGAGCUUAGUGAAUGACCAAGUCCACGAAAAUAUCUUUUGGCCAGAUUUACCUUAUGUAACCGAUGAACACGGAAACAUCUACUUUCGCGUAAAGAAUGACGAGGACAUUCUUCAAACUCUUUCAAGUGAUGAAAAUCUUGUGCAAGUUAUUAUUGGGUUAGACACAGCGGAAGUGCUUAGUGAAAUGGAGUCACUUGGUCAAACAGAAAUUGCUUUCGACCUUGAUGAAUUUGACGAUGAAGAUAGUGAUGUUGAUGAUGAGGAUGAUGAGGAUGAGGAUGAGGAUGCCGACGGUUAUGAAAAGGACUGGGUUGCCAUUAUUGACAAUGAAGAAGAUGAGGAAUCAGAUUCAGAUGAAUCUCUGGGAGACUGGGCGAAAUUGGAGACAAUGCGUGCUUCCCAUCCAAUGUAUUUUGCAAGAAAGCUGUCUGAGGCCGCUUCAGAUGAUCCCAUUGAUUUCAUGGAGCAGCCACCAGCUGGUAUUGCCAUUCAAGGCCUACUAAGACCUGCAAUUGUAGAAGAACAUACUGUGAUUCAGAAACAGAUAUCUGACAACCACUCUAGCGAUAAUAUCACUGACAAGAUUGUGAAAAUGGAAGGGCACAAAGAAGAAGACGCGACUCGCAUUAACGGCCACAAGCAUCAGGAUGGAUCAGCCCAAGAGGGUCUUCAGUGGAUGGAGGAAUCAGAGACUGAUGAGGCAUCUGAAAAUGGAACAUCAUUUUACAAGCUAGAAAUGGUUAAGAUUCAGUUAAUUUCAGCUCACGGACAUCAGAGUUUUGUGGAACUAGAAGAUUUCCGGAGAGCUCAACCUGAUGCAAUUGCGCAUUCAGCAGCCAAAAUCAUAAGUCGGAUAAAAGCCGGUGGAGAAAAAACUAUACAGGCACUUAAAUCACUUUGUUGGAGAUGCAAGGGUAUUCAAGUGGAGGAGGUGGCUCUUAUAGGUAUUGACAGCCUUGGUUUUGACUUGAGAGUCUGCUCAGGCACACAAGUUCAAACAUUACGAUUUUCCUUCAGCAAACGGGCCUCUUCUGAAUAUAGUGCUGAAAGACAACUAAAUAGUCUUAUUUUCCCGAGGUCCAACCACAAGCAGCAGCAAAAGAAAGAAGCUCAGCAAACUGAACUGUAA